AUGGAUAACCUUCAUUUGAGUGUCAUAGCUGUGGUCCUUUCCUUUAAUCUUCCUGGAUCAGUGGAAACCAAGUCACAGCGGGUUCUUCAUACACAUCACCAUUCAGACUGCCAGUGGGAUGGGGAGUUCCUACUGAAUUGUUCUUUUACCGGAAUACCUACUAUUCCAGAAGAUAUAUCACAAACAGCAAUAACAGCUGAUUUUAGUUACAAUAAUAUUAAAACUCUUCUGUGCACUGAUGGAAGAAAUCAAAAAUGGAUGCUAAAACACCUGAAUCUUAGUAACAACCUGAUUUCUGAACUCUCCUUAACUACUUGUAGAAAUUUACUGGUAUUAGAAACUCUAAACCUGAAUGGUAAUGCCAUCCACACCCUCACACUGGACAUACCUACGCCUGCACAUGGGUCUAAAAAGUACGGAAAAGUCAGUCGCCUCCUGCCUGCUUUGAAAGUAUUGUCAGUUGAAAGAAAUAAUCUUGAUACAGUUCCAAGAGGACUAGGCCUGCUGCAGUCUUUACAAACUGUUCGUAUGUCAUCCAAUGGCAUACAACAGAUUGAUCUGAAUGAUUUUCAAAACUGUUCACAGCUGAAGGACAUCGACUUGCAAAACAACAAGAUAACUAAAAUUCAUCCAGACGCCUUCAGGGAUCUCAACAAAUUACAGGUUGUGGAUCUCCGUGAAAAUGCUCUGACAACCCCUCUACCACAGAUAUUACUCAGUCUGAACUUCUUUCAACUUGAAGUGGAUUUGUCAAAUAAUGCCUGGAUAUUUAACUGCAGACUAAAUGCUUUCAAACAUUUAUUUCAUUUUCUUUUUGACUCCACGAGGAAAAGAUUGAGUAUUUCAUACAAUAAACCUGCCAACAACUCAGAGAAACCUCUGCUCCAUCUUUCAAGUUUCCAUUUAAACUGCAGCGACAGUGUUUUGCUCAAGAGGGCUGUAAUCCCAACAGGGAAGACAUUGGUGCUAAACUGCAACUUGGACAACACAAGGGGUAAUGGAGUCUCUUGGUGGACACCUAAAGGCAGAAUUUCAGAAGAUAAUAGUCUUCCUCAUAUGACACUGGAUAAAAUGAAUAAUUUAGUGAUAUAUAAUGCUGAGAAAACUGCUGAAGGGUUGUAUUUGUGUAUUUUUAAUGCAACAAACAAGAAGCAUCUCAUCUACAAUAUACAGGUGAAAGAAAGGGUUCCAACGGUUUUGGUUAGAAAAGCCCGGGACACUAACACUGUUUUUAGACAAGGAAUAACAGAGCAAGACCUUACAUUGGCUGUCUGCCUCUCUGUGCUCAUUACGUUUAUUUGUGCUUUUUGUCUGGGUGCUUUUGCUAGACCCUACCUUCUGAGCCUGUGGAGACUCAUGCGUGGGAACAAAAAUUCAGGUUCAGAACAUACAUAUUGUAAUCAAGCUUUUUCAGAUGAAACCUUGAGCAGAGAGCGCUCUGCAAGCAAAUCAACAAAUACACAGCAUAAUUUGUUCAUUUGUGAUGAGAAUUCUUCAAGAAACACAUGCAUUUUUCCUACAGAAACUUCUACUUUGCAUGAAAAUAUCAUUGGUAGCAGUGUACAUACACCAAAUACUGAAGAAGAGUACCAGAAACAAAGCAAUAAUGAGAUCAGUGUGAAGAAAGAAACAGUGUUUUCAGACAUCAAAACUAGUAUCAGCAAUGAUGAAAAUACAGAAGUUGGUGAUAAUGGACUAUUUUCUGUAAGGAUAGAUUACAAGAACAGCAAUGAAGUAACACCAAGAAAAUUAAUGAGUAAUGACAUUUCAUGGAAAGAUUCAAAAUAUGCAAAUAAUAAAGACUCAGAAAAGAGCAGGUUCCCUCCCGUACCCAGUAGACUGAAUGCUGACUCUUACUCAAAUCACACCGACUCUUCAGAUUCAGAUUUAUCCUUCAUGGGUGAAACUGGCUUUCCAUUUUCCACAAUACAAACACAUACAGUUGCACAAGAUUCUAGGAACAGCAAGGUGAGCAACAACUCUGGUCUGCUGCAGUCUGAAAUCACAAAGGCUACGCCACAUUCUCCAGGAAGAAAAGGCAUCAUUUCCCAUAAUGAACCCAUAAGCACUACAAAAUUCAUGCCUGAAAGGCAAAGCUGUGAUGAACAACUUGGUCUAAGCAGCAACACAAAUAUAACCAGGGAUGUGCAAGAUUUUAUUUUAUCCAGCAGCUGCAAGAAAGAUACAAAUAUUGAGAAUUUAAGUGUCUAUCAAACAAUAGAAAACUCUCCUCUUAGAGAGUAUGACUGUAAAAUGGAACGUACAAAUGAAAAAGAUUCUUCAGCAGAUAUAUUUGGCGAUAGUUCUUCGGAUGAAGGGACUCCAUUCACAAUGAGUGACUGUAGUUCUUUAGCAGACUUUGAACUGGAACAACCUGGUGUUAGUGACAACCUGCCAGUCUGCCAGUUGUCACUAGAGGAAGCCGAUAUGAACAGUGGAACUGAGAAGUUCUCAACACUGCCAGAGUCUCCAAACAUUGCUGCUGAACUUCAGCAUAUUACGAAAAAUGAAGACGAGAAAAAUGUGUAUUUUGAAACCACUAUUAAUUAUGGAUCAGAUACCACCACGCCUGAAACAGCAUCACCUUACGCUGAUAAACGUAGUGACCACGUAAGCAUGUCAGAUUCAGACACAAUUAGUUCUUCAAGUCAAGAAGUUCCUGAUACGUUUGAUGAUUUUACUAAUGCAGAGUCGACAGUACAAAAUCCUAUUUCUGAUUCUCUCCACAAUCAAACUAGAGAUUUUAGUAAUAUGUUACUUCCAUUAAAACAUUCUCCCAUGUAUGACACAGAUACAGAGGACACUCCUGAAGAGGCUGAACUGCAGCUGUAUCUGCUUCCCACUGAACCACAGCAUUCCCUCAGCUUCAGUCCCACUGAACAAAAAGAAAAUGCACCAGAGGGAAGUACAGACGAGCACAUAGAUAGGAAAUCCUCUGAAAAGAAUCACAGUGAAGGGGACACUACAAGAAGAAACACGAGUACAUCUGAAGACAACGAUUUUAUUUUUGCUCCUCCCAUUGAUACUGGUUUGAAUGAAAUUGUUAAAAAAACAUCACUACUGCAUUCCAGCAACGAAUCUUCUCUUCAAUCUCUGCCUGAACACACAGCUGAAAAACAUUUUACAGUUAUUACAGAGAAAGAAGACUUGCUACCACAGGGGAAGCAGGUGAACACAACUAAGGCUUGUGCAGAUAAAAUGCAAAGAGGUUUUAAUGAGAAAAACUGUGAUGAAUACACAGAAUUACAGGAUACCAGCAACUGUAGUCUGCCCGCAGAAAUGCAGUCUUGCAAUCUUACAGCAGAUUUGCUGCAUCUUCAUUCUUCUGGGAAAACACAAUCAGUCUUCAAUACAGAAGAUCAUUUCCAACUGGAUCAGAGUGACGAGGAUGCAUAUUCCUUCUCAGUCCCACAAUACUUCUUCAAUGAAAGCACAAGAUACAGUUCGUGUUCAUUCCCACAAAAGAAUACAGGAAAUACAAUCUCCGAAAGCACUGAUUCCAGCAAGACAGAGGAUGACACUGCUUUGACAGGACUGAAGAACAAUUCUGCAACAGCUGUCAACCUCCAAAAUUCAAGUGAAAAACUCAGUCAAAAACAUCAGACCAAUUUAGGACAGGGCCAGUUUUUUGUUAAGAAGAAAAGAGCAUUUGAUGGAUUUGCUAAUGUUUUGCAAAGCACGAGAACAAAAUUCAAAUAG